CCUUGGUAAAAUAUGUUCUAUUUUCUUCCCUGUCGAGCAAGUUUCGACUCUUCAUUAGACUACGAAUUCCAGCAACAAAAUCUGUUCUGCCAAUUCAGUUGAUUUCAGCUAGAUCAAUGGAGUAUCCUCUUUCUUGUGAAGCGGCGUCGGAGAGGACCUUGUCUCCGUACGUCACUGGCACAUCUGUGGUGGCAAUCAAGUAUAAGGAUGGGAUCUUGAUGGCCGCGGACAUGGGAGGUUCCUAUGGGUCUACUCUACGGUACAAGAGUGUGGAACGGAUGAAGCCUGUUGGGAAACAUUCUCUUCUUGGUGCAAGUGGAGAAAUAAGUGACUUCCAGGAGAUCUCACGUUAUCUUGAUGAGCUAAUCCUUUAUGACAAUAUGUGGGAUGAUGGGAACUCUCUCGGGCCAAAAGAGGUGCACAACCAUUUGACUCGCAUUAUGUAUAACAGGCGCAACAAAUUUGAUCCAUUUUGGAAUUCCCUGGUGCUUGGUGGAGUGAAAAAGGGACAGAAGUAUCUUGGGAUGGUUAAUAUGAUAGGUGUCCAUUUUGAGGACAAUCAUGUUGCAACUGGGUUUGGGAAUCAUCUUGCGCGGCCAAUUCUUCGUGAUGAGUGGCAUGAGGACUUGAGCUUUGACGAUGGUGUCAAGCUUUUGGAGAAAUGCAUGCGUGUGCUACUGUACCGCGAUAGAUCUGCUGUCAACAAGUUGCAGAUAUCAAAGCUCACUGAAGGAGGAGUAACAAUUUUCCCACCCUAUUCAUUGAAGACAUUCUGGGAAUACACAGCCUUCCAUAAUCCGACGGUGGGUGCUGAAGGAUCAUGGUAGUUACCUAAUGAAGGCAUUGAAUCAGGCCUCGCUAAAAAUUUCAUGCUUGUUUGUGUUUAAUUAAACGUGAACUCCGAAUGUUGGUUUGUGAUCUGGCCAAAAAGUUCGAUGGCGUCGGCUGGUUUUUUGGGACGAGGUUUAUUUGGAUGAAAUUUGAAUCAUAGUUCUACUUCGAAGGAACACAAGUUACAAAUUUUGUAUCAUUUGAUUCAUAGUUCUACGUCAAAGGAACACAACCACAUGAUGAUUGGAUUU